AUGCGUCUUCGCCUACAGCCUCACAGGAGACCACAAGGUAAGCGACCCCCAGGUAAGCUGAAUGUUGCUUUGUUGUCUUUGCCUGCUCACCGUCUCCAUUUCAGCAAUGAGCUAGCUCAACGGCUAGACAACCUUCCUAUCGCUGCCGCCGCCGCCGCUGCCGAGAACGCCUCCGUGGAGAACCGUUGGUGUCAACUGCGAGACACGGUCCAGUCGACGGCGCUCGCCGUCCUCGGUCGCGCUCCCAGCCAACACCAGGACUGGUUCGACGACAACGACACCGCCAUCAGAAAUCUGCUUGCUGAGAAGAACCGCCUACACAAAGCCUACGUAGAUCACCCCACUGAUGCCACCAACGCUGCCUUCUACCGCAGUCGCCGCCAGAUCCAGCAAUGACUGCGCCAGAUGCAGGACGCCUGGACUGCUCGCAAAGCUGAGGAGAUCCAAGGGUACGCAGACCGCAACGAAUGAAAGAACUUCUUCUCUGCGAUCAAAGCUGUCUACGGUCCGCCGACGAAGGGCACUGCUCCUCUCCUCAGCGCCGACGGCAGUACUCUUUUGACUGAGAAAACGCAAAUCCUGCAGCGAUGGGCCGAGCAUUUUCGAGGCGUCCUCAACCGCCCUUCCGUCAUCUCCGACGCCGCCAUCGACCGCUUGCCGCAAGUGGAGACCAACGCGGACCUCGACCUCCCGCCAUCUCUCCAGGAAACCAUCAGGGCCGUGCAGCAGCUCUCUAGCGGGAAAGCACCCGGAUCGGACGCAAUCCCUGCUGAGGUCUACAAGCACGGAGUUCCCCUACUGAUGGAUCACCUGACUGCGCUCUUCCAGGAGACGUGGCGUCAAGGUGAAGUCCCGCAAGAUUUCAAGGACGCAACUAUCGUGCACCUAUACAAGCGAAAAGGGAAUCGCCAAGUCUGCGACAACCACCGCGGCAUCUCCCUACUGAACAUCGUCGGGAAGAUCUUCGCUCGCAUCCUGCUCAACCGCCUCAACAACCAUCUGGAACAGGGCCUUCUGCCGGAAAGCCAAUGCGGCUUCCGUCGUCAUUGUGGGACCACGGAUAGGAUCUUCGCCGCCCACCAACUUCAGGAGAAGUGCCAGGAGAUUCGGACACACCUGUACUCUACCUUCGUGGACCUGACGAAAGCCUUCGACACGGUGAAUCGUGAAUGA